CUUUUAGUCAUAAAACUUCGUUUUAGAAUUCUGCUUUAGAUAUAAUCUGUAUUUUAUAUAGUUGCAUUUAUUAUUUCUCAACCGUUUGUAUUUGUCAUGCAGGCAGCUGGCCAAUCAAAUUGAGUUUACUACGCACCUUGCUUCAGACCCCGCCCCUUUCUCUUAUACCUACCUGUGGAGCGCGUGCACAGCAGGACAGACAGAAGCGCUUUACUGGACCGACUGGUGCUCACUUGACUUCUUCUGUUUCUCUUCGUUCUUCCUUUUGUUCUUAUUUCUAAGAAUACUAAUCACUUCAUUGCGUGGUCGAAUAUUUUUCACCCUCGCAACAUUUAUUGAAAACGUCAUUUUGUGACGUUGAUUGAUGCUCAUGAACAGAGAGUAAGAAAAGGUGAGCUGAUCUAUUUAAGAGCAGUUUAAACUGUAGUUUAUACCUAACUCUUUCUGACUGAAUAACUCAAAAGCACGCGAACGUGCUCCUCACGUGGGAAGCGCGCGCGUAAUGAGAGGCACGGUGCACACUGAUAGAAUAAUGAACACUGCGUGAGUGUGUGUGUGUGUGUGUUUGUGUGAUUCUCAGAUCACUGGUGUUUUCAGAAGCUGAGCUGCUCUGAAGAUCAUCUCAAACAUCAUGGAGUUCUCACCGGCUCAUCCGGCUGUGAAAGCCUUCAUGUGCGGCUCUCUGAGCGGGACGUGCUCCACACUGCUCUUCCAGCCUCUGGACCUGGUGAAAACACGUCUGCAGACCCUACAGAGCGGCGUCCAGCCCGGGUCGGGUCGGGUCGGCAUGGUCACGGUGUUUGUGAGUAUCCUGCGCACAGAGAAGCUCCUGGGACUGUGGAGAGGCGUUUCUCCUUCGUUUGUGCGCUGCAUUCCAGGAGUCGGCAUCUACUUCAGCACGUAUUUCACUCUAAAGCAGCGUUUUUUUGCUGAUGGGGCUCCGGGGCCUUUACAGGCUGCACUGCUGGGAGCCGGAGCCAGAUGUGUUGCGGGUGUCUGCAUGCUGCCCGUCACCGUCAUCAAAACACGAUUUGAGAGCGGCCGCUAUAAGUACAGCAGUGUGUUCGGAGCGCUGCAGUGUGUGUGUCGGACCGAGGGAGCAAAGACUUUGUUUUCAGGUCUGACUGCCACGCUGCUCAGAGAUGCACCAUUCUCUGGGCUAUACGUCAUGAUCUACAGCCAGGCCAAAUACACACUGCCACGAGAGAUCAGUCAGUCGUCUUACGCUCCGUUAGCAAACUUCAGCUGCGGGGUCCUGGCCGGCAUCCUGGCCUCCAUUGUGACCCAGCCAGCAGAUGUGGUGAAAACUCACAUUCAAGUGAGUCCAGACGUCUUCAGCAGGACAUCAGACGUGGUGCAGUUCAUUUACAAGGUAACAGAAGCCCUGAUUCUCCCGACGUGCACCUCUCUGCUGCUUAAGAUUGGCUCUCAAAUAAAGCCAGAGGCAGCAAAGCUCAUCCAAUCAGAUCAGACACAGAACUAUUUGUUUUAUAAUGCUACUGUACUGAGUGAAAAAAGAGUUAAAGCAUAUUUAAGGCCCGUUCACACUAAGAACGAUAACUAUAAAGAUAACGAUAUUAGCGUCCACACCAGUGAACGAUAUCGUCUGAGCGCACGCGCGUCUUUAAAUUCUCGAGCUUGUCAUAGCAGGAUGGAUUCUGAUUGGCUGUCAAUAUUUUAAUCGUUCAUCAGCUAGAAAAAAAUUGUUCUGAAAGUGAUUCCAACGAUAUCGUUUCUCUGUGCCUUUAUUGUUAUAGCUGUGUGGUGUAGACUCUGCUAUUCUUUAAUAUUGAGAAUGAUUUUUAGAGCUAUAUCUUUAUCGUUAUAUUUAUAGUUAUUGUCCUUGGUGCACCACCAGCAUCACCAAGCAGAAGGACAAAAUUAAUGACUGUUUUCAAACAGGUUUCCACAAACACUUCCACCACCUGCCGGUGUAGAUGUCUCCAACCCUGUAGGAACAAUCAAAUAAACAGUUGCUGUAACGUUUGAAUCUGCAUUCUGUUAAAUUCCUCAGAUUCCAAAAAUUAAAAAAAAAAAAAAAAAGGUCUAGAUUCCAUUUAGAUUCUUGAAUAUGAGAUUUAUGAAGUGAAUGGUUUGUUAUUCACAUAUUAAAUCUGAUUAAAUUACCCUGCAUUGUUAACAAAAACCACAACUAAAACUAUUAUGAAACAUCAUUAACUGAUAUAAAAUAAAAUAUAAACAUUAGAUAAAAAACAAAACAAACUAAAUGUAAACUAGAAAUGUUGCCAUGAAAGCUUCCAGAACUUCCAGAAUCUUGAACUGGGGUAAUUACAAACAAACAAACAAAUAAAUAAAAGUGGAAUUAAAAUGCAAACUGAAAAUAAUGAAAAUAUAUUUCUAACAUUCUAUGUGUUUGUCUGUCAGGAGCACGGUUUGGUGGGGUUUUUCCGCGGCGCGGUUCCUCGCUCGCUCAGGAGAACCAUGAUGGCAGCGAUGGCGUGGACGGUGUACGAGCAGCUGAUGGCUCAGAUGGGCCUCAAAUCCUGAGACCGAUCAAAACCACAUCACACACUGAUCCAGAUCUUCCCACGGGACGUCUGAUGUUUUAGUGUUUGACCCUGAGAUCCUCGACGGCGAGGUUCUUGUGGAUCAGAAAAUCCAGACGCUGUUUGUUGAACUGACUGUGAUCCACGCAGUUUUGAGUUUCAUUGAAAACACGUGUGAACUUCAAAAUGCACUUUAAUAUGUCCGCUCGGCUUCUCUUGUCUGUUUUUGAGUAAAUAACGCUUAAUAUUUAUAAAUGUGCACUUUAUGAGAGGCUUUAAGACAAUCAUAUGUUUGCUUUUAUAGUCUUUUUCUUAUUUACAGCUAUUUGUUUUAACAGAAGUGCCAACGUUUCUAACAUCGUCCAGAACAGCACAAUUGUUAUGUUGAAAUUUAAAUAUGGUUGUGACUGACAGGGUAACUUUAUAUGUUGUGCAACCAAAUGAAAUUGUUAAACACACGAGAAACAAACAGUCUGUGUUUUCUGAUCUAAUUGAGGGUCAUCAGCCGAAAUCAAGACUUUCUGAAUGAAGGGAGCAGAUAAGAGCGAUGACCUCCAGCCUCUUACGCAAAACCCUUUAAACGAGUCAAAGGAAAGUACACAAACCGUUACAAGACAGCAGCGAUUACAUGUGACAUGCUGAAAGUGUGCUUGACAUAUGUUUGUUUGACAUGUUCAGUAGCCUACUGCAACACAGAGAAACGCUUUAAUAAAUAUUCACCAAAACUA